AUGGAACAGCGGGGACCGAUCAGCGCCCUCCGAUACCUGCUGCUGCAUGCCCCGCUGCUCCUCAUAGCCAACGCUACAUUCACCGAAGUCCCCAAAGAUGUGACUGUUAGGGAGGGAGAAGAUAUUGAGAUGCCCUGUGCUUUCCGGGCGAGUGGAUCAACCUCCUACUCACUGGAGAUCCAGUGGUGGUAUCUUAAAGACCCGCCCCGGGAGCUGGCCCACGAAUUAGCGCUCAGUGCCCCUGGCAGCAGAAACAAGACGGUGCGGGUCCAGGGCAAUGACAUCUCGCACCGGCUGCGGCUGUCGGCCGUGCGGCGGCAGGACGAAGGCGUGUACGAAUGCCGGGUGUCGGACUACAGCGACGACGAGACGCAGGAGCACAAGGCCCAGGCGCUGCUGCGGGUGCUGUCGCGCUUCGCGCCGCCGGACAUGCAGGCCGCCGAGGCCGUGUCUCACAUCCAGAGCAGCGGCCCGCGCCGCCACGGGGCCGCCGGCCGGGCCACUUCCGAGCCUGGCCGCGACAAGAGGCCGCCGGGGGCAGCCGGAGCCGGGGCCGCCAACGCCGCCGCCGCCCCAGCAGCAGACGCCGCCGCGGGCGCCGGGAGCGGGGCUGCCGCGGCCUCUGCAGCCAAUGCCGCAGCCACCACCGCAGCUGCAGCCGCCGCCGCGGCCACCGCCGCCUCCUCGGCCUCGCCUCCGCCGGGCAGGGCGGUCAUCCUCCGCCAGAGGCAUGGCUCGGGUACGGGACCUAUUUAUGCUACAGACCCAUUCCUGUACAUGUUCCUGUUAGCACUGCAUAAGCUUAUACACUUGUUAGUAAACCACUGAUGGACCUCAGUAUCCAACACUCCUCAGCCAAACACAAAAUGAACCUAUUUCAGUCCUUGGUAAGAACUCAUAUGUCCCACAGACAGAAAAAGAAAGACUGAGAGAAGCAUGAAAAAUUCUACAUGGAAAAAAAAUCAUAUUUUUGGGGAAGUUACACAAAGUAGACCACCUAAAAUAAAUACAUCUAGUUUCCAAAUAAGAUGAUGUGCAAGCCUGCUCUAUGCACGGCUUCAAUGAUUUCUCUACUUCAAUGUCACUUUCUUUUCUAAACUCUUCCUCCGAUUCUUCAUUUUGCACGAACUGUUGAGCAGUUAUCUUUAUGACAAUAUGUAAAAAUGUGGGGUCCAAGCCUUUCGGAUGAAGGGGACUAUUUUUAGUAGACAACUGUGUUUUGUUCUGGGUUUGUUUUUUGUUGUUUUUUUGUUUUGUUUUGGGUUUGGUUUUUUUUACUUCCCCUUUCUGUUAAGAUUUUUCUUUUUGGAUUCAAGUAAAUUAUUUCUUUGGAGACAUUUUGAUUAAAAAAAGGCACAUCUUAUCAUAAUUAAUAUUCACUGUCAAUAAUAUUUAUUUUUAAAUAAAGAUUGGAAACAAGGUAAGACAUUU